UUCGUUACAUCUCCUGUCAGUCAAACAGAACACGAACCAAGACAUGGUUCCCGGCUACAGGAGAAAACAAGGGCACUGGGCUGGAUAAUUACCCAGGCGUGAGGAUGCUGAGAGGCGCAGCCCUCUUCUGUCUCUCUCCGCGGCUCAACUCUGGAUGCCAUUGGAUCGCUUUUAUUAAGAUGCAUCAUUUGAUCUCUGUGCACCUGAAUGCGUUUGCUUUAAUGUGAUUUCAAAUGGCUUAAAUCUAGAUUAGAAUGAGGAUGCCAAAUAUCUCUCGUCUGCUCUGCAGAAUCCGAUUAAAUGACAUAAGCGAGUUGAAUUGAUAGAUUAGAGGCAUUAUAACUGCUUUCAUUGUUUUUAAGAUCAUAAAUCCUCUAUCAAAUAUUUGUGCAUCAUUUACUGAGCUUGCAAAUCCGAUUCGUUUUACAAGCAUCGAUCCAGGUAACGCAGCACCAUGUUGACCAGCAUCACCGAGAGCAUCUUCUGCUGUCUGAUGGGAAAGACUACCAGUGUCGUGCUGCCGGUCAAAUCAUCCGACGGCAAGCCGGCUGACGGAUUCGAGUUUGUGGAGGUGAAGCCGGGUCGGGUCCUGCGCGUUCGCCACAUUCUCCCUGAACGGUCUGCUAUGACAGAAGCUCAACCAGAAGCGGGCAGCAGCAUCCACUGCAAGCGCAAGAUCACGGUGUACCGCAACGGCCAGCUGGUGAUCGAGAACCUGGGCGACGUCCUCCACUCCGAGAUCCUGCAGUGCCAGAACGGAGACGUGGAGCAGUGCAGUACAGUGGAGGUGGAGCUGUCCGAUUACACCACCGCGCCCUCAUCCCCCGAUCCCAAACCCGCUCCGCCUCUCCCCACCUCAGACCAGCAGAAGCCGGCUCCCCCACCUAGACGCCGGCGGCGGAGACCCAAGCGCACCGUGCUGAUCGAUACGGAGCGCUGCAUCAGCAGCUGUAAGGGGAUGCAUUCGGACGUGGCGCUCUUCUUCAUCCACGGCGUGGGCGGCUCGCUGCACAUCUGGGGGAGUCAGCUGGAUUUCUUUUCGCGGCUGGGUUACGAGGUCAUCGCCCCGGAUUUGGCGGGACACGGCGCCAGCACUGCCCCUCAGAUAGCGGCGGCGUACACCUUCUAUGCCCUCGCCGAGGACCUGCGCGCCAUAUUUAAGAGAUAUGCCAGAAAACGGAACAUCCUCAUCGGUCACUCCUACGGGGUGUCGUUCUGUACGUUCCUGGCACACGAGUAUCCGGAGCAGGUGCAUAAAGUGGUGAUGAUCAAUGGAGGCGGCCCCACGGCCCUGGAGCCCAGCCUGUGCUCCAUCUUCCAGCUGCCCUCCUGCGUCCUACACUGUCUGUCUCCAUGCCUGGCCUGGAGCUUCCUCAAAGCUGGUUUCGCCAGGCAGGGCGCUAAAGAGAAGCAGCUUCUGAAAGAGGGAAACGCUUUUAACGUGUCUCCGUUCGUUCUGCGAGCGAUGAUGAGCGGUCAGUACUGGCCCGAGGGGGAUGAAGUUUACCACGCCGAGCUGACCAGCCCCAUACUGCUGGUGCACGGCAUGUACGACAAGUUUGUGCCGAUUGAUGAGGAUCAGCGGAUGGCAGAGAUCCUCUUGUUUGCAUUCCUGAAAGUGAUCGAGGAAGGCAGUCACAUGGUGAUGAUGGAGUGUCCCGAGACGGUCAACACACUCCUGCACGAGUUCUUCCUCUGGGAACCUGACAAUUCCAAAAAGGACAUGGUUACCAUGGUAACAGCUAGCCAGACCACAGCCGACGAGGCCACGCCCGUCCAGACGCUCACCGUUGCCAACGGCAACAGCAGCACAGGGACUCUCAAGGUCAACAAGCCCCUUAACAAGUAACCUGAUGAUUGACGUUUUCGGGGUGAACCAAUCAGAAGG